AUGCCUCCAAGGAAGCUGAAAGGAGCUGCUAAGGCUUCGUAUAAGCGCAGGGCAUCGUCUCGUACCCCCAAACCGCCCUCCCGUCUCCUCGAAGAUGCAGCCUCACCACCACCUACAGAUACAGUCCGGAGGGAAAAACGGCCUAAGACAGUCAAGGAACUCGAAGACGAAGACGUACCGGUUGAUACUAUCAGCAGAUUCGACGACUUCCAGGUCUUCGUUCUCGUCACUAGGCAAAAGAGCCACAGGUAUCCUCAAGCACCCUGGACGGUCAAUCCAGUCAAGUCUUGGGCCGACCAAGAGCAGCUUUUGAUCGAUGUCGCCCUCGAGGAGCUCCGUCAUGAUCAUAUGGUCGUCGAAGGCGUCAACAAAUACUCCCUGAAGCCCAAUAUCAACUGGAAAGUCUGCCGUGGAAGGAGCCGGGAUGCACCAUGGUGUAGACUACGAACGGAGGACGACUGGGAAGGCUUCAUUGAUGCCGUCCACACUGAACACACUGAACGCACCCCUCUCAGACUCAGGCAUUUCGAAUGA